GCGGGGCCCGCGGUGCUGCGGCUCGGGAGCGCGGCCCGUGCCCGUGCGCGCCCCACGCCCCCGCCCCAUCCCCGGGCGCGCGGGCGCAGCGGCGGGAGCGGGAGCCAAGCAGGAGCCGCAAGGAGAUUGCUGCACGAGCCGCCCUCAGCUCUGCUGUUCUGCACACCCUGAGCACUGGAGAUGAGCUUAAGAUCGUCCUGGGAGGCAAGCUCAGGACUGGAGAGAGCAACACUGCCCUGCUGAUCCCCCGGGGCCACCGUGAUGGGGGCUUGAUUAGACCGUCUCUUUUCCUGCUGCGUGGCCAACAGGGGGUUUGGAAGAUCAUGAUCACAUGGAUGCAUCUAACUAAAUGGUCCCAGGGGACAUGGUGGUCUCAUAGAGAGCACGUCUAGAUUACUGGCUAAUUUCUUGGUUUGCGGCUAUACGUAGAACACUGUUUGAUUCUAGCUCCCAGGCCUCCUCGACAUCCCGCAUCAUGCUAUCUUCGGCAGUCUGAACUCCGUUCCUAAAAUGGUCCUUCUGCUGAUCCUAUCAGUCCUGCUUUUGAAAGAAGAUGUCCGCGGGAGCGCGCAGUCCAGCGAAAGGAGGGUGGUGGCCCACAUGCCAGGCGACAUCAUCAUCGGCGCGCUCUUUUCUGUCCACCACCAGCCUUCCGUGGACAAAGUGCACGAGCGCAAGUGCGGUGCGGUGCGGGAGCAGUAUGGCAUUCAGAGGGUGGAGGCCAUGCUGCACACCCUGGAGAGGAUCAACUCGGACCCCACGCUGCUGCCCAACAUCACCCUGGGCUGCGAGAUCCGGGAUUCCUGCUGGCACUCCGCCGUGGCCCUGGAGCAGAGCAUCGAGUUCAUAAGGGACUCCCUGAUCUCCUCCGAGGAAGAGGAAGGUCUGGUGCGCUGCGUGGACGGCUCCUCCUCUGCCUUCCGCUCCAAGAAGCCCAUCGUUGGGGUCAUUGGGCCUGGGUCCAGCUCUGUGGCCAUCCAGGUCCAGAACCUGCUUCAGCUUUUUAACAUACCUCAGAUUGCGUACUCAGCAACAAGCAUGGACCUGAGCGACAAGACUCUGUUCAAGUACUUCAUGAGAGUCGUGCCUUCAGAUGCCCAGCAGGCGCGAGCCAUGGUGGACAUAGUGAAGCGGUACAACUGGACCUACGUGUCGGCCGUGCACACAGAAGGCAACUAUGGAGAAAGUGGCAUGGAAGCUUUCAAAGACAUGUCGGCCAAGGAAGGGAUUUGCAUUGCCCACUCUUACAAGAUCUACAGCAACGCUGGGGAGCAGAGCUUCGACAAGCUGCUCAAGAAGCUCAGGAGUCACCUCCCCAAAGCCCGCGUGGUGGCCUGCUUCUGCGAGGGCAUGACUGUCCGGGGUCUGCUCAUGGCCAUGCGGCGUCUGGGGUUAGCAGGAGAAUUUCUGCUUCUCGGCAGCGACGGCUGGGCUGACAGGUACGAUGUGACAGACGGGUAUCAGCGAGAAGCUGUCGGUGGUAUCACGAUCAAGCUCCAAUCUCCUGAUGUCAAGUGGUUUGAUGAUUAUUAUCUGAAGCUCCGGCCAGAAACAAACCUUCGAAAUCCUUGGUUUCAAGAAUUUUGGCAGCAUCGCUUUCAGUGCCGGCUCGAAGGGUUUGCCCAGGAGAACAGCAAAUACAACAAGACUUGCAAUAGUUCUCUAACUCUUAGAACUCAUCAUGUUCAAGAUUCCAAAAUGGGAUUUGUAAUCAAUGCCAUCUAUUCCAUGGCCUACGGGUUACACAACAUGCAGCUGUCCCUCUGUCCUGGCUAUGCGGGACUUUGUGAUGCAAUGAAGCCAAUUGAUGGACGAAAACUUUUGGAUUCCUUGAUGAAAACUAAUUUUACUGGAGUUUCUGGUGAUAUGAUCCUAUUUGAUGAAAAUGGAGACUCUCCAGGAAGGUAUGAAAUAAUGAAUUUUAAGGAAAUGGGAAAAGAUUAUUUUGAUUAUAUCAAUGUUGGAAGCUGGGACAAUGGAGAAUUAAAAAUGGAUGAUGAUGAAGUAUGGUCCAGAAAAAACAGCAUCAUCAGAUCUGUCUGCAGCGAACCAUGUGAGAAAGGUCAGAUAAAGGUGAUCCGGAAGGGAGAGGUGAGCUGCUGUUGGACCUGUACCCCCUGUAAAGAGAACGAGUACGUCUUUGACGAGUACACCUGCAAGGCAUGUCAGCUGGGAUCCUGGCCCACUGAUGACCUUACAGGCUGUGAUUUGAUUCCAGUCCAGUAUCUCCGCUGGGGUGACCCUGAGCCCAUCGCUGCUGUGGUGUUCGCCUGCCUUGGCCUGCUGGCGACCUUGUUUGUCACCGCAAUCUUCAUCAUUUACCGUGAUACUCCAGUAGUCAAGUCCUCUAGCAGGGAACUCUGCUACAUUAUCCUCGCUGGCAUCUGCCUGGGCUACCUUUGUACCUUCUGCCUCAUUGCAAAGCCCAAACAGAUUUACUGCUAUCUUCAGAGAAUUGGCAUUGGUCUCUCCCCAGCCAUGAGCUAUUCAGCUCUUGUAACCAAAACCAAUCGUAUUGCAAGGAUCCUGGCUGGCAGCAAGAAGAAGAUUUGUACCAAAAAACCCAGAUUCAUGAGUGCCUGUGCCCAGCUGGUUAUUGCUUUCAUUCUCAUAUGCAUCCAACUGGGUAUCAUCGUUGCCCUCUUUAUAAUGGAGCCCCCCGAUAUAAUGCAUGACUACCCAAGUAUUCGAGAAGUCUACCUGAUUUGUAAUACCACCAACCUAGGAGUUGUCACUCCACUUGGCUACAAUGGAUUAUUGAUUUUGAGCUGUACCUUCUAUGCUUUCAAGACCAGAAACGUUCCAGCUAACUUCAACGAGGCCAAGUAUAUCGCCUUCACAAUGUAUACUACCUGCAUUAUAUGGCUAGCCUUUGUGCCAAUCUACUUUGGAAGCAACUACAAAAUCAUCACCAUGUGUUUCUCGGUCAGCCUCAGUGCCACAGUGGCACUAGGCUGCAUGUUUGUGCCGAAGGUGUACAUCAUCCUGGCCAAACCAGAGCGGAACGUGCGCAGCGCCUUCACCACGUCCACUGUGGUGCGCAUGCACGUGGGCGACGGCAAGUCUUCCUCGGCGACCAGCAGGUCCAGCAGCCUGGUCAACCUGUGGAAGAGGAGGGGCUCCUCCGGGGAAACCUUAAGGUACAAAGACAGGAGACUGGCCCAGCACAAGUCGGAAAUAGAAUGUUUCACCCCCAAAGGGAGUAUGGGGAAUGGUGGGAGAGCAACAAUGAGCAGCUCCAACGGGAAGUCGGUCACCUGGGCCCAGAGCGAGCGCAGCAGCCGGGGGCAGCACCUGUGGCAGCGGCUGUCGGUGCACAUCAGCAAGAAGGAGAACCCCAACCAGACGGCCGUCAUCAAGCCGUUCCCGCAGAGCGCGGGGCCCGGGGGCGCGGGGCCGGGGGAUGCGGGGACCGGGGGCGCGGGGGGAGCGGGGCCCGGGGGCGCGGGCGGCGCGGGGGGCGCGGGGUCCGGGGCCCUGGGGGGCGCGGGGGGCGCGGGGGGCGCGGGGGGCGCGGGGGGCGCGGGCCCGGCCGUCGGGGACGCGGAGCCCGGCCGGCCGCGCUCGCCGUCGCCGCUGAGCGCGCUGGCUGGCCGCACGGACGAGGACGCGCCGUCGCUGCCGUCGUCGCAGGGGUCCCUGCUGGAGCAGAUCAGCAGCGUGGUGAGCCGCUUCACGGCCAACAUCAGCGAGCUCAACUCCAUGAUGCUGCCGCCCGGCUGCGCGCGGCCGGGCGCCCUGACCACGCUGGCCGACGUGCAGCCCGCGCCGCCCGCGCCCGCGCGCGCCGAGCUGGAGGAGCUGGUGGCGCUCACGCCGCCGUCCCCGUUCCGCGACUCGGCGGGCUCGGGCGGCAGCGCCCCCGGCUCCCCCGUGUCCGAGUCGGCGCUCUGCGUCGCCGCGUCCCCCAAGUACGACGCGCUGGUGGUCCGCGACUACUCGCAGAGCUCGUCGUCGCUGUGACCGCCGGCGGCGGCCCCCGCGGGCGGGACGCGACCCCCGGCGCGGGGCGGCGGAGCCGCGCCCUGUAACAUAGCCCGGCCCGUCCCCGUCCCUCCCUCGGGCGAGCCGCUCUCCAACAUGAAUGUACAUUUUCUAACGAACGCCGACCUGGGACCAAACGCUGCCCCCCGCUCCCGGUCCUCCCCUCCCUCGCCCUCCCGCCCCGCCCCUCCCCACUCCUCCCGCGUCCCCGCGGACGCCCCGCUUCUGUCCUUGGAAGGCCUGGACAGCCUCGGCCCAGCGCCCGGGCCGGGAUGGGCGAGGACCGCCUCGCUGAUACAGAGUAGAGCUUCUAGGAGACACGUUCCUCUCCAGCCGGUGUGGAAUCCUCUUCCGAAAGCCUGCAUUCCACCUAGUAAUUUCAGUUCACCUCCAUUAACCAAGAAAACCAGUGGAAGAUUUCUUGACUAUUUCACCGUGUUGCCAAUCAAUACUGGAGUAGCAAAAAAUAAUAAUAAUAAUAAUAAUAAUAUUUUCUGGAAUACCUGUUUUGUAAUUCCCUCACUGGGGUGCAUUCUGUAGCUGGAAAUUCUCUUUAUAAUAACAAUAAUAAUUCUUGAGCUCCAGCUUAGCUCUCUUUCGUAAAAUGUGGCCACUCUUCCUUAUAAAUGCCGUUCCUUUAGCAUUGCCAGCUAAAAUGCAAAAUUAUGCAUUUGGGUUUCUUCUUUUCUCUGAGAACCUAUUCUUUUCAAGUUCCACCAUUGAAAGAAUGGUUCAUAGAUCCAUUUUAGACAUUGCCACAUCGGAGGGACUAUUGUUCAGAAAAUUAACUAUCUUAAUACGCUAGACAUUCUAAACUGUCAGCCAGUUUAGCAGAGAUUUAGCUAUGCCAGUGACCAGAGAUUUUAACUCUUCUUGGCUGUGUGAACUGGGCAGCUAUGAACAAGGACAAAUGUAGAUUUUUUAAAGCAAUACAGGAUACUAAAACAAGAAUCUUGAUGAACAGAAACACGCGAUCUUUCUUAGUUAUUCCAAGAGGCAAAGCAAUGAUUAGUGUUUUCCUUUUACAAUAAUUAUUAAUGUGGUUUUACUUAGUUCAUACUGUCGCUUUUGAAACUGCAGAAAAGAGAUGGAAAGUUAUAGUAGUACUUUGAUAGGACAUUAGUGAUGUAGAAUUCAUAGCUCAAAGACCUGCACCCACUGUCAUAUUUUCUUCCUCCCAUUACAACUAUCCUCAGGUGCCAAAUGUUCUUGAGUUUUAAAUAAGGAUAGUAAUAAAAGGAGGAGGCAACCUAUAAAUUUAAAGUUCAGUUGACCCAGCCUUAUACUAAAGAUAGCCUUAUGUAAAAUAUUUGCUAUGAGGCAGAAGCUUAUUUUUGGCAGAGAGAAAAAUAAAAUCUUUUCCUUUUGUUUAAUAUCCUUAUUUUGAUAGGUAUUUUAAAUUUCACAUUUAUUUAAAAAUAAGCUGAGAGAUAAUUUAUCAUUCUCCACUUUUAAAAGUUAUAGUAAAUAUAUUUCCUGAUCUUCCUUUUAUAUUUGUUCUAAUAUUUCAAAUCGCAUCUUCCCAAAUAGUUAAAGCUAAUAAUUUACCAAAAUGCACAUUGUUUAAAAAUAAAAUUUCCCAUGUCAAAUUUGAAAAUAAGACAAUCAGAAUGCACCUAACCCAAAUAUUAGAGUAAAACUCUUGAAACAGAGAUAAGAUAACUAACUGCUAUGGUUUUGUCACAAACAAAUGUCAGCCUCUACUUGAAAAACAAAUGUAAAUACUUUUAAAUAUUAAUAUUCUUCGAUCCUCACCAAAAGGGUGGCAUUCACCUGGGGAUUGAUUGUUGAUUUCUUAGGCAUUGAGCUUUUUUAAGUCUGUUCUACUAAGUUUUAAAAAUUUGUUUCAUAAAACCCUUCUGCUGAUUUUUAUUUUAUUCUCAACUUCCGUAAGUUUGGCUGUGUUGACCAAUAGAACACUUAAAAUACUUUCUUCGUUAUAAAACACCUUCUUUUUCUAAUUUUUAGUAAUCUGUUUCUUUGAAAAAGACACUACUUUAUGAGAUGAUUCAUUAGAAAUUAAAACAAUGCAAGUAAUUUGCUAUGUAAUAUUCCAUAUGAAAGUAUAACCAGCUGUAAUAAGAAAAAUAAUUUAUCUGAUUAGAAUGGAAUAAUGUGUAUUUUACUUUGUAUUUCUAUUUGCCACGUCAUUCAGUAUAUUGUAUAAUACAUGAUAUUAUUAAUUAUGCAUUCUUGGGGUAUUUUAUUUGGGAAUGAUGCUAACUUUGUCUCUUUGCCAAUUCUGAUAUCAGGUUCCACGUAAUAAAUCUACAAUACAUAGAGAAUUGACUUCAUUCUAAGACUAGGAUAUGAACUUCACAAAUCAUUUGGGUACCUGUUAUCAUUGAAUUUUUCAUGAGAACAAUCUUUUUCCUGGUGCCCAGGGAUAAUUCAGUUGGAACCAGCAGGAAAGUACAAUAAAAUACUAAGGUUCAUGAAAGUGACCCUAAAAAUCAGUUUGGUCAAAGGAUGAAGAAGAAGAAGAGACCCAUCUGGGUGAAGUUAUACAGAAUACGUAAGUAGUUAGCAUUCUGCUUGGGUAAAGCAGAUCAUAACUGAUCUGGGAAGAACUGACUCUGAUUGAGGGGUAGGAACAAAAAGGGCAUAUGGGAAGGAAAAUCACACAAAAGGUGACAAAGUUGAAAAAAGCAAAUCUUGAAUGUGCUAACCCUAGAGAGCAACAGUCUUCCCGGUCUACUGCUGUUAUUAGUAAGCAAUCAGAAAGGUCAGAAACGUUUUCACUGUAAAUGAACUGUUUAAUGGCUUUGCUGCAAUUUUGCAAUUCCAAACCAGGAAUUAAAUACUUUUUAAGAAAAUAAAAUAUUUCCUAUGCUAGUCUCCCGGCAAAAUGUACAUGCUUUUGGAGACUUCAAAGGCAUUAUCUGAGUUCACAUUUAUCUACAGCUAACCUCAAGUUGUCAGAAUCUCUAUAGUUACCAUUUGCAAUUUUAUACUGUGAAAAAUUACAGAUCAGUGAAAAUCACAAGAGUAAAUCAGAAAUCACCUAAAAGAGGGUCUGAGGCCUGGGAGAGUCUCUGUCUGUUGAAGAUGAGGCAUGUAUAAAAACGAAGCUGAAUUUCACUGAUCUUCCCAAUGUGAACAAAUAUACUAUGUAUAUUGUGUGUAUUUCUAGAAUUCAAUGGCAGCUGCUGGUGGUGUUUGCAUUUAGAAAUCUAUAUAGAAUAUAGAUAUUAUAGAAAGAUGGUGCCAAUCCUAAAGAGUUUUGUGGGCUACAAGUGCUUGUACUUACUUUUUUCUGCACUUAUAACGAAUUUGAUUUCAAAAUUGUGUGUAUAUUUGUUCUUUUUCUGUUGUUGCAGCUUGUACUAUUAAAACAAUAGAUAACAUUAAAUUAUUUUGAAGUGAAUUGCAAAUGAUUGUUUUCAUAAAAUUUAACAUUUUUAACAGCAUUGUUUUGCUUUGUACUUGUAUAAAUGUGUUUUACUUUGGUAUUUUAAAAUACAAUUGCCUGUUUCUCAGUUGUCUAAAUCAUGUUAUGGUUGGUGUUUGUGAAAUCAGUUACCUUUUGAAAAAUAUUAAAAAAAAAGACUCAA